CUGCCCCAGCCCUGCAGGACACCCCUUCCUCAGCUCCACGUCACUCCCCCACCCAGCCCCAGUCCCAGUCCCAGCUCCACAGACAAGGGGGGAGACAGACAGGCCAACACACUCCCUCUCUCUAGCCAAGGUUAAUUGACCCAGUUUGCAGCUGAGACAUUGCGGGUGUCGCCUGUUCAGGUCGCAUGGCGGAUGGCGGGAGUUGACCAAGGAUGGCGCCUAAAUGUGUGUGGGUGCCAGCAAGGACCACCAACAGAGGGAAAGGAUGUGGAGCACCCUUGUGGAGCGCCAUCCUCUUGCAUGAUACAUUAUUAUUUACCCAUAUUAAUAUUGGCCAUUGUUAUUAAUCAAAGGGUAGCCUAUCAAUUAGACAUAUAGAUUUGUUUUAAAUCAUCAUAGUAACUGUGAGGUAUUUUUCUCGUUGUUAUUAAAUUCUCAGGAAAUGCAGGGGGUGUAAUGAAGACAACUGGCUGACAACCUGGUAUGACACUAAACGUUGAACUGCUCUUCCUGUUUUUUAAAGUUACAUAACAUAAUUUCUAUGCUUAACCUGCAAUGACAUAUAACACAAUUGAAAAUGUUCUAGUUUUCCAGUUCAGACAGACUGAGAGGGCUCUCUGCCUGUGAGCCCUUUAGUUUGAGAUGAAUGUAAGACGAACCAGAGCUGACCUUACCUUCCCAUUCACUCAGGCUGGGGACAGUGUUUACAAGUCUUUUAUCAGCCAUGGCAGAGCGGGGUCAAAGUUCAAAUAGCCAGGAAGGCUUCAUUCUUCCCCAAUUGGCACACUGCCCAACCCAGCAUCUGACAUGCUUUCACUUUCAUUGCUUGUGGCACCAAGGACAAAACCGCCCGAGAGAAAGUUUGUGCAAAUUACUCAAAACGAGGGAGGCGGGCUAUCCUCAGUCCGUUUUUAUAUUUUUCUUUUUUUUGCAUGGUCAUGAACUCUUGUUCUGUUAAUCUGUUCUCUGCAGUUAGUAGUUGCUUUGGGGAGACAGGUUCCAAUCAAAGCCUGCCUUGUUGGUUAUUCCUUGCCUUCUGUUGUCAGGGGCAUUAAAGAGCCAUUCGUCUUAAUGCAUUUGAAGUUUAAAUGCAAAAAAUGUCCAAACAAAAUUCCCCAUGAGCGACUACUAGAAAGCUGGAAUGGAAUUUCAAUCUUUGUGUUAUGUGUCACACCUUGUCAGUGACCCGUGUCACAUGUCAUGAAAUGGAACCUAGGAGCUGAGAUAGUUUCACUUUGCUGGCUGGAAAUUGAAAAGGUGUGGAUUAUAGGAAACAAGAAAUAUAGAACAGAAAUUAAAGAUAAACAUGGAAUAAUCUCUUAUCAUAGAAUAAACAUGAAAGAAUCUAUAAAUACUUUAUCUUUGGUGCUGAAAGACUAUUGGCACAGAACAAUGCAUGCCUGUCAAGAGUCUAGACUGCUCAGUUUACUGUACCACUGCCAGGUCUACAUAACUUUUCUUGAUUCUGCAAAGUUGUACUGAAGGCAACUCACUCCUUUGGCCAUUUGAAAUACUCCUGAUUUAUUAUUGUACAUGGGUCAACUUCUCAUAGGGAGAAAAAAGUAAUGGGGGCUCUGAGUUGCUGGUGUCCAUUAAGAUACACAAUCUGUAAGUGGUGAAAAAGGAGAUGUUAUGCGCGGGAAAUGCCAGCUCUCAAAAAUGAAUAGCCUGCCAAAUGUAGAGGCUGUUUACUUGUGUAACAAUAAUAAUAAGCAAGGCCAGGAUUCAAUCCAAGGCAUGUUAUGCAGCAGCACACUGGACAGCUGACAAUGUGCUAAAUUUGAGUCUGACUUCUUCUUUGUGCUAUGUGUGUGUCUGUGUGUGUGUGUGUGUGUGUCUGUGUGCGUCUGUGUGCGUCUGUGUGUGUGUGUGUGUCUGUGUGUGUGUCUGUGUGUGUCUGUGUGCGUCUGUGUGUGUCUGUGUGUGUGUGUGUGUGUGUGUGUGUGUGUGUGUGUGUGUCUGUGUGUGUGUCUGUGUGUGUCUGUGUGCGUCUGUGUGUGUCUGUGUGUGUCUGUGUGUGUGUGUGUGUGUGUGUCUGUGUGUGUCUGUGUGCGUCUGUGUGUGUCUGUGUGUGUGUGUGUGUGUCUAGUCUGGAGGAGGCGGACGUGCUAACAUCUAGUGAACCACCCUGCAUGUUCAUCUCUGCCACCAAUGAGGAAUUUAACAAGACAGGAGAAGAAAAACCCUAGCUGUUGUUGAGUGGAGAGCACAGAUUGGACCACUCUGACAGUCUUACUUCCUAACUCUCUGUACAUUCCAAUAUGGAAGGAAUGUCCAGCUGCAUCCAAUGUGUGUUAGUGCAGUGGCUCCUGAGUGUGUGACUCACCACAUACAGUGAGGGAAAAAAGUAUUUGAUCCCCUGCUGAUUUUGUACGUUUUCCCACUGACAAAGAAAUGAUCAGUCCAUAAUUUUAAUAGUAGGUUUAUUUGAACAGUGAGAGACAGAAUAACAACAGAAAAAUCCAGAAAAACGCAUGUCAAAAAUGUUAUAAAUGGAUUUGCAUUUUAAUGAGGGAAAUAAGUAUUUGACCCCCUCUCAAUCUGAAAUGUUUCUGGCUCCCAGGUGUCUUUUAUACAGGUAACGAGCUGAGAUUAGGAGCACACUCUUAAAGGGAGUGCUCCUAAUCUCAGCUUGUUACCUGUAUAAAAGACACCUGUCCACAGAAGCAAUCAAUCAAUCAGAUUCCAAACUCUCCACCAUGACCAAGACCAAAGAGCUCUCCAAGGAUGUCAGGGACAAGAUUGUAGACCUACACAAGGCUGGAAUGGGCUACAAUACCAUCGCCAAGCAGCUUGGUGAGAAGGUGACAACAGUUGGUGCGAUUAUUCGCAAAUGGAAGAAACACAAAAGAGCUGUCAAUCUCCCUCGGCCUGGGGCUCCAUGCAAGAGCUCACCUCGUGGAGUUGCAAUGAUCAUGAGAACGGUGAGGAAUCAGCCCAGAACUACACGGGAGGAUCUUGUCAAUGAUCUCAAGGCAGCUGGGACCAUAGUCACCAAGAAAACAAUUGGUAACACACUACGCGCCCGCAAGGUUUUUCUGCUAAGGGGACAGGACAACUUCACCGCAUCAAAGGGACCAUGGACGGGGCCAUGUACCGUCAAAUCUUGGGUGAGAACCUCCUUCCCUCAGCCAGGGCAUUGAAAAUGGGUCGUGGAUGGGUAUUCCAGCAUGACAAUGACCCAAAACACACGGCCAAGGCAACAAAGGAGUGGCUCAAGAAGAAGCACAUUAAGGUCCUGGAGUGGCCUAGCCAGUCUCCAGACCUUAAUCCCAUAGAAAAUCUGUGGAGGGAGCUGAAAGUUCGAGUUGCCAAAUGUCAGCCUCGAAACCUUAAUGACUUGGAGAAGAUCUGCAAAGAGGAGUGGGACAAAAUCCCUCCUGAGAUGUGUGCAAACCUGGUGGCCAACUACAAGAAACGUCUGACCUCUGUGAUUGCCAACAAGGGUUUUGCCACCAAGUACUAAGUCAAAUAAACCUACCAUUAAAAUUAUAGACUGAUCAUUUAUUUGUCAGUGGGCAAACGUACAAAAUCAGCAGGGGAUCAAAACCUUUUUUCCCUCACUGUACGGUGUAUGUUAACAACUAAGAAUAGAACAAGACAUGGGGAGCAGCUUGCUAAUGUCUCUCUUGGGCACUUCGGAGUGUGAUCAUGAGGGCUGAGAGGUCUUUGCUGGCUGGCUUCUUUGGCAUGGAGCCCUGGGCUUGACAAGCACAUCUAGUCACUCAUCCUGGUUACAUCGCUCAUAUUUACUUGUGUUAUUACACCACUGUUUGGUUGAAUGAAGGUGGCCUGAAUUAAUAUAUCAAACUAUUUUGGGGGCAUGACAGCAGUAGCGGAGCGGACAGAUUUGAUGUCUAUUUCAUGUAAGAGACUGUGAGACAUAUCCAGCCCAAUAAACACCUUCCUUUUCUCGAAAAACAUUAAUCAGCUACAAGGGAGACAUGCUUGUUUACGUUAGACAUUUGUGGACCGAAAAGGGGCAUUGAUUUGUUUGUUUUGUUAUUAGUGUUGAAAUUGGGUGUGAGUGGGCCUACUAAAAUGUCCUUGUUGUUGGAAGCAAUCUUUCUAGCCCACAAAUGCUUUUUAAUGGUUCAAAUGUGAAGGUCAGCAAAGAGAGUGAUUCAAACAGUCUAGAACUAUAUAAAUACAUGAGCAAGGCAGCUCCGGUAAUGUAAACAAAUUGAAACCGUUGCUAUCAAAUUAUUAGCAUAAAUGUGUGUCAUCCAAGAUGCACAAAUUGUAUGUUUAUGUUGAUGAAGAGAAAAACACACCAUUUUGUUGAUCUGGAAAUCUGUUGCCUAGAACUUAUAGAAAUAUUAAUAUUUUUAAACAUCAUUGAAGAUCUGGAUUUGAGUCCCAUGGACUAUUAUCUAAUAAUGGUUUGGGAAAAGCAGUGUGCGGAAAAAAAAAGAGCAGUUCAUUGACUCAUGACACACAAACCAGCUUUCCAACUGAUAGCUGAUAACUCUCAGAGCUGCCCCCAUACUAAAACAAGAGUACUCACGAUGCACACAUUGUCCUACUAUGCUGUAGUCUAUGGUUCCUUGAUAUCUGAAAGGGAUGGUGCCAUCUAGUGUAAAGGGACCACUGUAACAACGUCUACAAAGCAUGUUUGAUUUGCAUGUAAUACAUUGUGUUGGACAGUAUAGUGAUGGUCAGGCUAUUCCGGAGCAUACAGGCUAGUAGCCUAUUAUAAUCAUUGGGUUAAAUAUUCCAUUAUGUAAUGGAUUAGUGUUGGUAGUAGGCUAUUAGUGAUGAUAUAGCUAUAAUGCAAAUAUAUUAAUCAAAGAUCCACUUUGCUAUACAUAAUGCUAUCCAUGCUGGAUAGUAAAUCCAGGCUGUUGCUAAAAUUCUAUAUAAUUCAUGGAGGUCUGUGGUUGAAUUUGUGUUCUUGAAAACAUAUACGUCACGACCCCAUUGGUCAUUUGGUCCCGUUGGUUUAACAGCCAUUGGGUAGAUAUGAUGCCUAUCAUUAGCGCUGAACUGACUGAAUUGACGUUCAAUGCACCCAUGCUCUAGUCGAGGACACUGAAGUUUAUUUAAUAGCUACCCUCGUGUAUAAUUUCUAAACUACAGGCAAUGGGAAGUUAACAGGAAAAUCAGAAGUUCUGGGACCUGGCGUUUUUUAUCGAGUGAAGCAGAUGUUAUUGUUUUGUCUUUCUGUAGAAAUGGGCUCGACAAACUCCACCCUGUCAAAAAUUCCAAACGUCGAAGAAUUAAUGCAAGAAACGGGUUGUAAGUUCUCCAAUGGGUAGGACUGUAAUUUAGGCUACAAGAAAAACGGUAUUGAGAUUGUCAUGAUUGUACAAUAACGUCAUAGUUUAUGCUUCGAGGACAAAUCUUUGAGAGUGGGCGUAUAACGGGAUUUCAUUAUGGAUGUUAUUGUGACAGCUGUAUGGAUCCCAGUUGUUCUAUUCCUUCUAUUGCAUUUUUUCCUCAAAGUUGUACAGCGCAGAUAUGUUGAAAUGUGUGCAAAUUAUUCAUCGCUUUCGCAACCUUAAUCGCGUGCACAACUUUGGCUGACAAAAAUACGCAUGCGUCCUACCCAACCAACUACAGUAUUGAAUAUCUAAGCUUUGAACAGAGACUUAAAUUGAAAUAUACAUGUGGCUUUGAGAAGUUGUAGGCAAAUGAAUAACUUGGCCUUUAGGCUACUUUUAUAAAUGCUUGAAUAAUUCAUGGCGUGUUUGCUUGAAUGGAAUCCAGAGCAAUGAACUGGCCUCUAUAUGGUUAUUGCAAAUAUUGCUUAACUUAUUUCGUGUGCCACUGUCCUGCCCCAUUACUAAUAGCAUGAAUCGAUGGUUCUCUUGUUUUCUCAUUAUCAUAGUCACCCCUGCACACAUUGUUCGACUUUAUGAUCGUUUCGAAGCAUUGGACAAGGAGAAGACAGGCCAUCUCCGGUAAGUGGUGGGACCAUGUCAGCUUUAUGGAGUUUGUUUGUUGAAGCAGUUUUGACUAAAACAGUGCAUGUCAGAAUAAUAAUAAUAAUGUCUGAAUGUCCUGUCUUUGUUUUAUCCCCAUUACUGUGAAGCCCACAGGAUUUCGGAGCCAUUAAUAGGUUGGCGAUGAACCCCAUUGGGGAUCGGAUCAUUGGGGCUUUCUUCUCUCCAGGGUAUAGAACAACAUUUCUUACAGGUUUGAGUAAAAUUACUGACUUGAUAACCUCACCAAUGAAAUGUUAAGGUGAAGGUUAAUGUCCAUUUUCGCUGUAAUAUAAAAGUCCAGGCUUUUUGUAUGUCUCCUUAAAGAAACAGAGAGCACAACCAACAAGACUAAAUAUUGAUUUAACUUCAGUCGAUUCUGUGCAACAAUAAAAAAUAAAAUAUCCAUGUAUCCUGUACGUUCAGAAUGUAAGCAGGUUCUGGUCUUAAAAUAAUAUCUCUCUCAGACAGGAAACAGUGGACUUCCACUCCUUUGUGAGGAUCCUGGCCCACUUCCGGCCUGCGGACAAAAACCGUCCGAAAGAUCCCAGUAUGCCUGAACCUGUCAACAAUAGGACCAGUAAACUCAAGUGUGAGUCCUCUGGCUGAUUUCUUUUUUUUGUGGUUAACUCACAAAAUUGAUUUUAGCACUCAAAUUCAACUCAAUCAGGUCCUCCCUGGUUUUCUCCUUACUUUCAGUUGCCUUCCAACUAUAUGACCAGGACAAAGAUGGUAAAAUCUCCAGAGCUGAGCUUCUACAGGUCCGUCAUAACUGUUUGCUUUACUGACAAUAAUACUCUGUAUGGUGAGCAACACAAUAUACCACCAAUAGUUAGUGAUGCAAAUUGUUUCUCUGUUGUAAACCAGGUCUGGUAUGACCCUACAAUUGAUGGCUAAAAUGCCUACACCCUAUACCAGAGGUAUUCAAAUCUUACACUAUGAGGUCCGGAGCCUGCUGGUUUUCUGUUCUACCAGAUAAUUAAUUGCACCCACCUGUUGUCUCAGGUCUAAAUCAGUCCCUGAUUAGAGGGGAAUAAUUAAAAAAGCAGUGGACUGUCUUCAAGGUCGGGAUUUGAAUUUGAGGGCCCUAUACAAUAGAAUGAAGCCAUUCUCCAAUGGGUUUGGGAUGUGAUUGACAGCUGAGGGUGAUUGACAGGUGCUGCGGUCCAUGCUGGAGAUGCAGGUGACGGAGGAGCAGCUAGAGAGCAUUGCGGACCGCACCAUCCAGGAGGCUGACCUGGACAAGGAUGACGCCAUCUCCUUUGAGGAGUUCCGCAAGGUACCACCGGGAGGAACUCUAACACUGACAUAUCAACAUGAUGCAUUGCAGCACAGUGCACCCAGAAUUCUAAGACAUACAAAGUUCAUGUCCAUAGAAAAUAAUGUUGGCCAUUGCUGUAGUCAAACAGCAUACUGUACAUUGUACGAUGACAGUAUUUUGCCUAUCCUGUCUCAUAUUCAGUGGCUGCAUGUGUUGUAUUUGAUUGUGAUGUAAUAUACAGUGGGGAAAAAAAGUAUUUAGUCAGCCACCAAUUGUGCAAGUUCUCCCACUUAAAAAGAUGAGAGAGGCCUGUAAUUUUCAUCAUAGGUACACGUCAACUAUGACAGACAAAAUGAGAAAAAAAAAUCCAGAAAAUCACAUUGUAGGAUUUUUAAUGAAUUUAUUUGCAAAUUAUGGUGGAAAAUAAGUAUUUGGUCAAUAACAAAAGUUUCUCAAUACUUUGUUAUAUACCCUUUGUUGGCAAUGACACAGGUCAAACGUUUUCUGUAAGUCUUCACAAGGUUUUCACACACUGUUGCUGGUAUUUUGGCCCAUUCCUCCAUGCAGAUAUCCUCUAGAGCAGUGAUGUUUUGGGGCUGUCGCUGGGCAACACAGACUUUCAACUCCCUCCAAAGAUUUUCUAUGGGGUUGAGAUCUGGAGACUGGCUAGGCCACUCCAGGACCUUGAAAUGCUUCUUACGAAGCCACUCCUUCGUUGCCUGGGCGGUGUGUUUGGGAUCAUUGUCAUGCUGAAAGACCCAGCCAUGUUUCAUCUUCAAUGCCCUUGCUGAUGGAAGGAGGUUUUCACUUAAAAUAUCAUGAUACAUGGCCCCAUUCAUUCUUUCCUUUACACGGAUCAGUCGUCCUGGUCCCUUUGCAGAAAAACAGCCCCAAAUCAUGAUGUUUCCACCCCCAUGCUUCACAGUAGGUAUGGUGUUCUUUGGAUGCAACUCAGCAUUCUUUGUCCUCCAAACAUGACGAGUUGAGUUUUUACCAAAAAGUUAUAUUUUGGUUUCAUCUGACCAUCUGACAUUCUCCCAAUCCUCUUCUGGAUCAUCCAAAUGCACUCUAGCAAACUUCAGAUGGGCCUGGACAUGUACUGGCUUAAGCAGGGGGACACGUCUCGCACUGCAGGAUUUGAGUCCCUGGCGGCGUAGUGUGUUACUGAUGGUAGGCUUUGUUACUUUGGUCCCAGCUCUCUGCAGGUCAUUCACUAGGUCCCCCCGUGUGGUUCUGGGAUUUUUGCUCACCGUUCUUGUGAUCAUUUUGACCCCACGGGGUGAGAUCUUGCGUGGAGCCCCAGAUCGAGGGAGAUUAUCAGUGGUCUUGUAUGUCUUCCAUUUCCUAAUAAUUGCUCCCACAGUUGAUUUCUUCAAACCAAGCUGCUUACCUAUUGCAGAUUCAGCCUUCCCAGCCUGGUGCAGGUCUACAAUUUUGUUUCUGGUGACCUUUGACAGCUCUUUGGUCUUGGCCAUAGUGGAGUUUGGAGUGUGACUGUUUGAGGUUGUGGACAGGUGUCUUUUAUACUGAUAACAUGUUCAAACAGGUGCCAUUAAUACAGGUAACGAGUGGAGGACAGAGGAGCCUCUUAAAGAAGAAGUUACAGGUCUGUGAGAGCCAGAAAUCUUGCUUGUUUGUAGGUGACCAAAUACUUAUUUUCCACCAUAAUUUGCAAAUAAAUUCAUAAAAAAUCCUACAAUGUGAUUUUCUGGAUUUUUAUUUCUCAAUUUGUCUGUCAUAGUUGACGUGUACCUAUGAUGAAAAUUACAGGCCUCUCUCAUCUUUUUAAGUGGGAGAACUUGCACAAUUGGUGGCUGACUAAAUACUUUUUUUCCCCACUGUAUAUACCAAUUCCACCAUUCCACUCGGUCUAACUUUGGCUUUCCUUUUUCUUACAGUCCCUGGAGAAGGUGAACAUCGACCACAAGAUGAGCAUUCGCUUCCUGCGCUAGUUAGAGUGGUUACAUUGGGUCAACUGAUCGUUCACAGAGAUGUAGCCCACUUUGUGUGUACUCAUCCCUCCAUGGUAAAAACAAGGCUUCUGCAGGGAAAUAUGACUGAUUCCUUUAACUGGAUGACUAACACUAAAUACCUUAAAUGACUGACUAAUAUGCUGUAUCUUAAUAUGUUGUUUACAGCAUACUGGAAUAUGGGCGUCAUGUUCCAAAGUCUAACUGCACUAUAGGCCUACUGUAUCACUACAUAGUAACUAACUGCUUUUAUAUAAUACUGUAAAAUGCCAUUUAAUAAUAAUAAUUAUACAUGGGACUUAUAUAGCGCUAAUCAAUGACCCAAUAUCGCUUUACAAUUGUACAAAACAAAUAUUUAAAAAAUGUGUGAAUAAUCUACAUUUUAAUCUAUGUUAGUUUUGACAAGGGCAAACAUAAGCUUUUAUGAAGGGAAACAGAUACUUGAAGUUCACUCUUCCUUGUACAUUUUUUAAAAGUAAGACUUGACUGUAAUAAGUCUCUAGAUGUAGCAGUCGGUGUCCAAAUACACUGAACAUGGGAACUAUACAUACGAGUAUGAAAGUGAUAGAAUAUUUCUACAAAUAAGUAUUUUUCUAAAUGAUACCAUUGAUUUACUGAGUUGCAUAUGAGGAGAAAGGCCAUGAAAAAGUUAAGCUUGGCUAUUAUUGUGUUUCAAUAUAUUUGAUUUAGAGAGAAUGACAGUCACACAAAAUGAAUGUCUACAUUUUCACCCAGGGUAACGAAAGGGUCUGUUUGUGACUGACUGGAUGACAUUGACCUAAUGUGUGCCAAAAUGUAUUUCUCAAAUCUAUGCAUUUUUUGGUCAGAUACAUGGAAUCUUAAUUAAAUAACCCUAUUGGUAUUUGGGUGGAGUAUCUUUGCGUAUUUCAAGCAUCAGUACAUUUUGCUUUUUGAUGUUACUGAUUCAAAUAGUCACACCUCCUGUUGCUAUCUACGGCCAUAUAACAUGGGGUUAUUUUCAAAGUUUGUUCUGUGUGAAAUGUUCCUUAAAAUUGGGUGGCAGGAAUAGAUCUUUUCACUGAGGUUAAGUGAAAUAACACAUGGGCGAUAGAGGAAAAUAAAGUAUUUCUUAAGUGGUUGACAUUCACACACACUGACAUUCAGGCUUGCCUUGAAACAGAGGCAUAAUGGAGAGAUUUAUUCUGUACAUAAAGUGUGCCAUGACAAUAGAAGAAGGUCAUAAAGUGGAAUUGAUUUAAACAAUAAACACAUGCAUUAGCAGGGCUUCCUCAUUUGCCCUUAGGCUGACAAGCACAUAGAAUCCAGAAUAAGGAGUAUCCAGUGCCUUAAAAGAACAGAAAGACACAAUGAUUAGAACAUAUAUGAUGCAGCAUAGAAAACCCUCAGCACAAUACUCCAAAUGUACACAGUGCGUUGAUGGAAGAAUGUAACAGGGACCUGCGAGGGUGAUGGUCAUUGUUAGACGGUAGAGAAGGACAUCAGUGGUCCCGCCCUUGAUGUGGACUGGCAAGUCGUUGUCCGCCUGUAACCAAAGUUAGGGGUCAAAUCACUGGAGGCAUUUAUUUUAAGCCAAAAAUUACUUUGUGAUAUGUGAUGAUAAAAUCAGACUGAAUUGCAUUCCGGACCAGAACGGAACAACUAUCCCCUCAGGCCCCUUUAAAACCCUUAAUGCUCCUUUUCUAUGUUCAAUACUGUGACAAGUCUUGGAGGACCUCAGGCAAUUCACCAAUCUUGCAACAUGACACAUCCGGUAGAUCACAAUCAGGUCAAUGUUGCUCUACAGUACUUCAUUGAACAUGUUCUGCAGACAUUGAUGAAUGUCUUUGUUUGCUGCCAAAAUCACAUCUUGUUGACAUUGUUGGCCCAUUGUUUGCCAAUAAAUAUCUAAAUUCACUUGUUUUCUUAGUUUGGGAUUGUUUAUCUCCCAGGCGUCCUAAUGAUGUCAUGCUCACCUGGAAUAGCUUCUGAUGAUCUGGCACCUUGUUCUUCAUCUGUUUGGUUGUUGUGCUGAAGGCUCUGAUAGCCAACCUAGGCAGCUUCUGAAAGGAUCCCACAGUCACAAAAUCAGCCAUGUUAUCCUGUGCCAGCAUAGGAUGUGAAAGCUAGAUUGAAAAUAUAGGGUUUACGCCAAAACAUUCCUUUGUAGCCCUUUCUGCCAAAUGUCCAAAACAAAUCGGUUGGAUUCUUAAUGGGACAUGCUGACUGAGCAGCUGAGGCUAGGUGCUGUUUUCAUAGUGUUUCUAGUAGAAUACAUCAUUUGAUAAUAACAUAACAAUAGUAUAGUAAGUUAUUUAGAGAAUGGAUGAUCAGGAUUAGAUGGUAAUAUUAGCGUGGCAUUUACCUUUGGGUUUCAACACCUGUUUUUCUAUUUUCACUUUUAGAGGGAUGUGAUACUAGCCUUUGAGAGAGUGCUUGUUUUUUUCUAUAAGAGGAAAGAGCUAUGGAAAACUCUUUGGGUUACUCUUACUUCCCUUUCUGUUGAAGUAGUGUUAGUCAUGACAACAUCUGCUAUUGUAUACAGUCUUGGUUAUGAGAGGAAAUAUCCACUUCUAACCUUUUGAGUGGUUCCCAUACACAAUUCUUUUUUACAGAACUCCAAAUGUUCCUUUUUAUGUUAUUUUAACAGCAUGCAGGGGGGAAUUUCACAUGACUUGUAGGUGUGUAUCACCUUCUUUAGUAUGUUUUAGACUUUUUGAGUGAAUAUACCAUUUUGGCAUCUUAUACAUGCUUUCCAUCCAAAGUGAUGCUAGUUUCAAAGACAGCUGGGUUGUCACAUCAAAUAUGCUUGAUUAAAUCAACAUCCUCCAAGAUACCAAAAGAACAAAACCAAAAGGAUUCUCUGUAAACAAGGCAGAGAUUCAAUUUCCUUUUACAGAGAUUAUGUCACUCCUAAUGAAAUAUGAAAUCAGACCACCUAUCGAUAUUCUGUAAAAUGACAUUGUCAAGUGCAUACCGGUAUAUAACCAUUAUUGUCAAUUAGAUAAUCUGUUGAAAAUCGGGGUGAAACCAUACCAUCUAACCCAUACAACUUGUUCUGACCCAUUAUGUUCAUUCAUUAUAACAGCACUAUUUCAGCACUGGGGACUUGUGUUCUGAAAGAAAGUAAUCUCUUUUCAAGUUUUUAAUCUAUUGGUCUUUGUAUCACGUUAACAUUUUCUGUGAGGUGAAUCUCUUACUAAUUUUUACUGUCACAGGCAAAACCUUUUCAUUUCAUUAAAGGCAAUUUUGUAUACUUCUGUUGACUUGGGCUCUGUCCCUUUAAGAGAACUGUACCACCGUAUAAUAUCUACCAAGGUCAAAUUGGGUGCCUGAACCAGCAGGGCGAGAACUGGCAUUGCUGCCAGCCAAUGACUGCCACACAACCUGUGACCUCAACCAAUUAGAUUAUAUAUUUUGGAGGGAGAGAGGAACAUUAAACCCUUCCCCUUGGACUGGAUUCCCUGUGUGUGUGUGUGUGUGUGUGUGUGUGUGUGUGUGUGUGUGUGUGUGUGUGUGUGUGUGUGUGUACAUGUGUACGUAUGUGUAAGCUAUAUGUGGAUAUGGCACAGUUUGCCUAGAGAAAUCAUAAAGGAAAGAUAGAGGAAAUGUGAACCAAUGAAAAUAUAUAAGACUAAUAUACAAUGGCAUUUUUCCACCUCACCAAGAAGUGAGAGAGAUAUAAUUAAAAUGAUAUGACCUCUCAGUAGGAGCUUGUAAACUAGAUAUUUUAAAAGAACAAUAAGACCCAGUUUUUUAUUAAAUUUCAUCUGAAUAACGUAGUCCCCUGUAGCUCAGUUGGUAGAGCAUGGUGCUUCCAACGCCAGGGGUGUGGGUUCGUUUCCCAUGGGGGGCCAGUAUGAAAAUGUAUGCACUCACUAACUGUAAGUCGCUCUGGAUAAGAGCGUCUGCUAAAAUGUAAAUAACAACAUGAGUCCAAAAGGACCUUACAGAGAGAUCAUCUAGACAGAUAGAAAUAUAUCUCUGUAAUUACAUUGAACUAGAAUGACAUCUCCUGGGACCAACCAUUUUGCUGGCCUCGCUAUCAAUCGACCACAGUAACAACAAGUAAUCAGGAAGACAGCACAUCUCAUUUUGCCAUCUACUCUCCACAAUAAUAAAAGUUGGUACAAAGGUCAGUCCAACUGUACUUCCCUUUCCAAAUAAGAUCCAAGAUUCUACUAAUACAAUUAUAAUUAUUUAUAUGAUUCAGAUUACCAUUGGCAGCAGAGAGAACAUAAAUAUUAGGAAGAAUAGUUAGUUUUUACCAGUAAGUGAUUCAUGGUGGAGGUUGUACUCAGUGUGAAGCCUCUUUCUGCUUGUCUAGCCGUGGCCCGUACAAGGGCACAGUCACAUAUUGCAGCAAUUCUGAAUAGGAGCCAAACUAUGGUAACCAGGAGAGACCAAAC